UGAAGUUGGAACGCGACGUAACCACCCACCACCAUAUUGAAAAAUAAAAAUUAGUUUAUCAAUGAUGAAUUGAUGAUGAGCAAGUGUAAUUAAAAUUUGUGAUAAAUUUAAUGUUUCUUUGUAAAAAUGUCUGGGAAUUUCGGAAUGCAGCAGUUGAUCCCAAUUGUAAACAAAUUACAAGAUGCCUUUGUGCAAAUGGGCGUUCACAUGUCUUUGGAUCUUCCACAAAUUGCAGUUGUGGGUGGUCAGUCCGCUGGAAAGAGUUCGGUAUUAGAAAAUUUUGUAGGCAGAGAUUUUUUGCCUCGAGGAUCGGGGAUCGUCACACGACGUCCUUUGAUUCUACAGCUGAUAAAUGGAAAUGCAGAAUAUGCGGAGUUUCUUCAUUGCAAGGGCAAAAAAUUCGUGGAUUUCAACGAAGUGCGAUCAGAGAUCGAAGCUGAGACGGAUCGCAUCACAGGUUCCAACAAGGGCAUUUCGCCAGUGCCCAUCAAUUUACGCGUCUAUUCUCCUAAUGUCCUCAACCUGACGUUGAUCGACUUACCGGGCUUGACGAAGGUGCCUAUAGGCGACCAGCCCGUUGACAUCGAGCAGCAAAUAAAGGCCAUGAUAUUCCAGUUCAUCCGACGAGAAUCAUGCCUCAUCCUCGCAGUGACGCCUGCCAACACCGAUCUGGCCAAUAGCGACGCCUUAAAACUUGCCAAAGAAGUAGACCCGCAAGGUCUCCGCACAAUCGGUGUGAUAACCAAGCUGGAUCUUAUGGACGAGGGUACAGACGCUCGUGACGUAUUGGAGAACAAGCUGCUACCCCUGAGGCGCGGCUACAUCGGCGUCGUCAACCGCUCGCAGAAGGACAUCGACGGUAGAAAGGAUAUUUCCGCUGCGCUCAACGCUGAGAGGAAGUUCUUCCUCAGCCAUCCUUCGUACAGACACAUAGCUGAUCGGCUUGGUACCCCAUAUUUGCAGCGAGUGCUGAAUCAACAGCUCACGAACCACAUUCGCGAUACGUUGCCAGGACUUCGUGACAAGUUGCAAAAACAACUGCUAGCCUUAGAAAAAGAUGUGGACCAGUACAAGCACUUUAGGCCGGACGAUCCUUCGAUCAAGACGAAGGCUAUGCUGCAAAUGAUCCAACAGUUGCAAACGGAUUUCGAACGUACCAUUGAGGGAUCCGGUUCUGCUCAGAUCAACACCAACGAAUUGUCCGGCGGUGCUAAAAUCAAUCGGCUGUUUCACGAACGGUUUCCAUUCGAGAUUGUCAAAAUGGAGUUUGAUGAGAAAGAGUUGCGGAGAGAGAUCGCCUUCGCUAUUAGGAACAUUCACGGUAUUAGGGUUGGUUUGUUUACUCCCGACAUGGCCUUUGAGGCUAUAGUGAAAAAGCAAAUUGCUCGGCUAAAGGAACCUUGUAUCAAAUGCGUCGAUCUCGUGGUUCAAGAGUUAUCUAAUGUAGUCCGUUUCUGCACUGAAAGAAUGUCUCGGUACCCACGACUGCGUGAAGAAACGGAACGCAUAAUAAUGUCCCACGUACGGUCCCGCGAACAGCAGUGCAAAGACCAACUGUUACUGCUCAUAGACUGUGAGCUGGCGUACAUGAACACAAACCAUGAAGACUUCAUCGGGUUUGCGAACGCACAGAACCAAUCGGAAAAUGCUAAUAAAUCCGGCCACCGAGCUCUCGGCAAUCAAGUAAUUAGGAAAGGCUACAUGUGCAUACACAAUUUGGGAAUUAUGAAAGGUGGUUCUCGCGACUACUGGUUCGUAUUGACAUCGGAAAGCAUCUCGUGGUACAAAGACGAGGAGGAGCGCGAGAAGAAAUACAUGCUGCCUUUGGACGGCCUCAAGUUGCGCGACCUCGAACAAGGGUUCAUGUCGCGCCGCCACAUGUUUGCACUGUUCAAUCCAGAGGGCAGGAACGUUUACAAGGAUUACAAACAACUGGAGUUGUCGUGUGAAACACAAGACGAUGUGGACUCUUGGAAAGCUUCUUUUCUUCGGGCUGGUGUUUACCCGGAGAAGACUUCUGAGGCAGCGAAUGGAGAAGAGAGUUCUGACAGCGCGGGCACAAGUAGCAUGGAUCCACAACUAGAGCGGCAGGUGGAGACCAUUCGUAACCUGGUUGACUCGUACAUGCGUAUAGUGACCAAGACGACUCGCGACCUAGUCCCCAAGACCAUCAUGAUGCUGAUCAUCAACAACGCCAAAGAUUUCAUCAAUGGAGAGCUGCUCGCCCAUUUGUACGCUUCUGGUGAUCAGUCGCAAAUGAUGGAGGAGUCGCCCGAAGAGGCGCAGAAGCGCGAAGAGAUGCUGCGCAUGUAUCACGCGUGCAAGGAGGCUUUGCACAUAAUCGGCGACGUUUCCAUGGCGACGGUGAGCACGCCUGUGCCGCCACCCGUCAAGAACGACUGGUUGGAGAGCCGGCUCGACUCCAACCCGCGCCUGUCGCCGCCCUCGCCCGGUGGCCCGCGUCGAGCCGCGCCCGCGCAGCAAGGUUCCCUGGGUCAGCGUGGUGCGCCGCCCCCACCGGCGGGCACUGGUCGGCCGGCGCCGCCACUGCCGUCACGACCCGGCGGCGCCGCGCCCCCGCCUCCCGCCGCUCGCCCCGCGCCCGGCGCCGGUCUGCCCGCCCCCCUUAUACCCACGAGGCCCGGUGGCGGGAACGCGAGCGGUGCCAUGGCGGGCGCCAUGAACCAGAUGUCGCCCCAUAUGCGCGCGCAGGUGAACCAGGCGGUCGGCCAGGCGGUCACUAACGCUGCCAUCAACGAGCUCAGCUCCGCCUUCGCCAGAUUCAACCGGCCAGUUCCAAAUGUACCACCGAAGCUACCCGAGAGACCGCAGAAUGGGCGGCCAUUUUGAACGCGUCCGCCAUCGCCGCCAUCUUAUGUAUGAUAAGUCACAUUGUAAAUACGUUCACAUACACUUGUAUAUUGAGUAAAACGUAGUUUAAUUAAAAAUGCUUAGCAUUAACGUAUGGUCCAUUUGUAACGGUGGCAGGUAACAUUCGAAGAAACGAAACUAGCUGUAUGUUACUGUAGUUAACACUUCACACGCUUAAAAUAAUAGCAAUCAGUGAUGUAUUAUAAUAUUGAAUAGUUUAACGAUAAAAUUUAUAUUUCUAUGCCCUAUUCAUUGAUGUUAUUAUAAAAAAUAUCAUAAAUAAAUUCGAAGUGUUGUAUGAUUUCUGAAAAUUAUCACGAUAAAUUUGUCAGUAUUGGAAGCCAAUCUUGAUGUUAAUUAGGAGUUAUUAAUUGUUACCAAACUACGUGUUUAAAAUCUUUAUUAUUUAAUAGGUAUAAUAACAAAAAUUUACAUCACAUGUUAAUUAUUUAUGUAGAUUGAAAGAUUGACUAGAUUCCAUGCAUAAGUGUUAUCUCAACCAGCUUCAAUUGUUCAGCUGUUUACACAUCAUUCUGUAUGAAACUCGUAAAUAUAGAAUUAAUAUAUACAGAAUGUGCUUAAGUAAUUGUUACUUAUUAAAAUAUUAUAACCGAGACAAUAUCUCACGAAGUAUGUAACUUUUUUAAUUACAUAAAAAUAUUGACUUUUCAUUGCAUUUUUGAGUAUAGGUAUCUAUAUUAUUUCACAAAGUGAAAUAUGAUUAUUUAGAUACUGUAUUUCAAUUAGUCACUCGUUCGACUGAUAUUAUAAUAAGCUAUUGGAAUGUUUGUGAUAGAAUAGGGUGCUCGUAGAAAUGCAUUUUUCUGAGAUAGGCGCCUUCAGUAUCGAGAUUUGUAGUUUUUGUUAACGUGGCAUUUAGUACGGCUCAGCGCGUGAACGGGAGCUGAAUAUUGACAGUAUGUUGAAGUAUAUUAUUAUAAUAAAUUCGGAUAGCUUAUGGUUUAAUAUUCAAAUUUCAUGUGCUACAUUUUAAUGAAAAUAUAUAUUAAGGUUUUUAUAUUAGUGAAAUACAACGCUGAGUAUUUGACCGUUAGAUAUUUAACGAGUCAGUACACAAUUUCUGGUUUUAAAGAAAAUGUUUGCAAUUUAUUUUCAAAGAAUUAUAACUUUAAUUUGUUACUGUGAAUCGUGUUUAAAUGUAUUGAUUUUGUUCCUGUUAUGGAGUUUUAAAAAUAUGGAAUACAAUAAAAAAUUAUAUAUCUUAGAUUUUUUUUUACUUAUUUAUAAUAUACUGUAUAAACUGAAUGUAACUUAAUAUUUUUAGUUAAUAUUCUAGCUAGCAGACCUGACUCGUCCAUUGUUUAGUUUAAUUGGAGUUCAGUCUAGAAGAAAUUACUUGCCAAAUAGUGACAAGUGUGGUGAAAUUCAUUUUGAAUGAGCACAAACUCACCUGAUUUGUUAUACAUUCCCAUUGUCAUCCUUUGUUCACGCGUAAGAGCUUCUAUGUGUAUAUAUGUGUAAAAUAAUAUAUGGACUUGUUUAUACUUUGUGUACUUGUUGUAUGCAAUUGUAAUAAAUGUGUAUAUAA